AUGUUGGCAUCAAUUCCCCAGAUGGAGACGGUGCGAUCGCUCCCUCGGAAUCCGGAUAUGGUUGCGCGGCAUCCAUCAGCGGAGGACUUGGACGCUGCUCAGCAGCUGAUCUCGUCUGCUCAGGCUGGUCGAGAGCACCUCAUCGAUCGCAACCGUGACGAUGAUGCGUCCCGAGGAUUCGAUGCGAGACAUACUCCCACCCCCUAUGAUUCCGAACGACCCAUUCACGGUUCUACGAUGCAAUCUACCGAAGUCGCUCUUGCAGAUAAAUCAUCACCGAAGUCCCAGAAAGACACAUCUUUUCUCGGACACUCUUGCAGUAACUGUGGAACGAAAAGCACCCCGCUAUGGCGACGAUCACCGACCGGAGCGAUGAUUUGCAAUGCCUGUGGCCUCUAUUUGAAGGCCCGGAAUGUCGCCAGGCCCACGAAGCGGAACCGUAUACACACAAGUUCCGAACCUACUCAACCCCAACCACCGCAACAACAGCAACCUCCGAUAAUCCCCCAGCAUGAGGCACACCACUCACACAGCGAAGGAGGCUGCCAUGGUUCCAAGGGUUCUUGCCCCGGUGGGGGUAACUGCAACGGCACAGGCGGCGCUGAGGGGUGUGACGGGUGCCCAGCCUACAACAACCGGGUGUACAAAUCUACUGCCCGAGGUACUAUACCAGUGCAUGCUUGGGGUCGACCCGCUCAUCCAGAGAGCGAAAAGCCUCUGCCUGUACCGGAGUCGGAGGUGCCCGGGAAGAAUGGUGCACCGGCCGAAGGAAAUAUGUUGGUAUCGUGUCAGAAUUGUGGAACUACAGUGACCCCGCUUUGGAGACGAGACGAGAAUGGUCAUCCGAUCUGCAAUGCGUGUGGUCUAUAUUACAAGCUCCACGGGUGCUAUCGCCCCACCACAAUGAAGAAGACCAUCAUCAAGCGGCGGAAACGCGUUGUGCCGGCUCUGCGGGAACAUUCCCCGACCGCCGCUACACAAUCGUCCAACGGUUCUUCUGCGUCACCCGAAGCGUCACCAGCGACACUGGCUCGCGUCCACGACGAUCACUACCGAUACUACAGUGCUGAGCCGGUGGACCAUUACCCUCCGAUGUCUGGAGAAAGGAUUUCACCAGCCGCCCCAAGGCAGUUUGGUUUCGCACCCCCGCCUGUCGAUUUUACCGGAUUUGGUUCUGGGCCCGUCUCCUUACCGCACCACCCCCCGCCACCGAGAUUGUUAGAGCCUGAUCGCAUCAGUGCUCCAAGCCACUCCCCGGUGUCUCAGUUUGGUCGGCGGUCUCUUUCGCCAAACCCAUCGGGAAACCCGAAGAAACGGACCCUUGCAGAGACCGCGUCAUCAGCCGAGGCUAUGUCCAUUCCCACCACUCUGGAGAACGGGUCCAACCAACUUCCUCCUAUCAUGUCCUCUAUCAACCCUUCCCCCCCUGCCCGCCUCAGUUCUAUCUCUUCUCUCCUCAACCACAACAACCACGACGAUUCGCGCCUAGAUCCCUCGCUCGCUGCUCUUAGCCGUCAGCACCACCCGCCUCACCAACCGUCCCCGCUUGCUCCUCCGCCGUCACAGAUGUUGCCCGGUGUGUCGGAGCUUGAUGGUCUCCGGGAAGAGCGUCGCUUGAAGUUGCAACGAGAAGCGGAAGAAAUGCGUGAGAUGCUGCGAGCGAAGGAGCGCGAAUUAGCUGAAUUGGGACAGCAAUGA